UAAUUUCAAGAAGAAGCAAAGUUAAAGAUUAAAAUAAUUAAGCGAAACAUUGUUGUGGGCUGGCUCCUGCAUCGGAGUUGCAGUCGUUGCGUAAUUACGCGCACUUGUGUGCGUCUAAGGUUGGAAUUGUCGUAGAAUGGCGUUGGCGUUGCGCGUGGCAUGUUUAGGUCAGGUUGGUGGCCGUUGGAGCAGGUGGCCGCAGGAGCACCCGCGACUGUUGCAACUCUGUGCCAUCUCCAGUUCCAGUUGCAGUUCCAGCUGGAAAGCGAAGGGCAGUGUUAUCAUGCAGAAAUCGAAUUACACCACACAACACCCGAGACAACCACAACAACAAACACAGCCAACUCAACCAACUGAGCCAAUUCCAACGAGUCCACCACAAAUCAAGCGCAAUGUGGCCUCUGAGAUCACCAGCGUGGGCAAGGCCAUCUACGAUGCCAGGUGGGAUGCCAAGCAGGGCAGAGCACAGUCGUUAACUGGACGCUCUGAUGACACCAUAAAUCAGUCAGUGGGAACAAAGGAAAGUGUUGUCCAGGACAAGAAGGAACUGGAGACGGUCAAGUCGAAGCGGGAUCAGAUGCGGGACAACAUGCAGGAUUACAUCUUUACGCGCUACUUUAACUAUGUGAAGAACUACGACAAAGUGCUGGAGAAGAACUUCCCAAAGGCCAUGCAGCUCUAUCGAGUAUUUUUCGAUGGAGUCAAAGACUUCUUUGCGGACAUGAAGCGGUUUCUUAAGGUUGCACGCAUCGCCAACGAUUCGCCACGAGGAAUCCGGGCAUUGAAUCGCCAGGAGUUGGAGCUGUACAUGCAAAUGCCGCGGGACAUGAUGAAGGUAGCGCCGGCGUUGAUUGGAUGCUCGCUGCCCAUGGUAGGAUACGCAUUCUUUCCACUCGUGUUUUGGUAUCCACGCAUCUUUCUUACGCCGCAUUUCUGGACGGAACAGCAGCGUAGUGAAUUCCAGAGUUACUACAUGAAGCGCAGGCUGCAGUGCAACAAGUCCGUGUUCCGUUGCCUGCAGGCCAAGUUAAAGUCCCUCAAGGGUCAUCACAAACACGCCGAGUUCAAGAGCAUUCUGGGCCAGUUGGGUAGCGGAACGCAUCCCUCGGCAGAGGCUCUGAUCGCCGUCAAGGAUAUAUUCGCCGAGGGACCUUACUCACUGCUGGGCAUGUCGCGCAAACACGUCAAAUGUCUAGUCAAAUUGCAUGGCCUUCAGAAUAGCCUGUUCAAGCGACAUCGUCUGCAUGAGCACGCAUUCCUGGUGCACUACAUGGAUCUGGCCAUCACACGGGAAGGUGGUGUCCACAAUUUGAGAACGGAGGCACUGCGUUACUCUUGCUAUCUGCGCGGCCUCAAUCCCGACGACUUAAGCAGGGAGGAGAUGAUCGAAUGGCUGCGCACUUGGGUCAAGGUCUCCACGUCAAUACAGGGCGAGCAUAUUACUCUGUUCUUGCAUCUGCCGAUUCUACUGGGCUACAAUCAUCCCCACAACUGGAAGACUAUCUACUGCAAGACAGAAGAGGCCGCCUAAGCAAAUUGGUGCUAGUUUACGUUUACAAAUUUUAGUUUGAAACUGUUUUUGUUUUUAAAAAGCAAAUAAAAUUGUUAAAUUCUCU